UGGGAAGAAUGCUCCUUACAUUGGUGAUCAGUGAGAAGAAUACUCCUUACAUUAGGUGAUCAGUGGGAAGAAUGCUUCUUACAUUGGUGGUCAGUGGGAAGAAUGCUCCUUACAUUGGUGAUCAGUGGGAAGAAUGCUUCUUACAUUGGUGGUCAGUGGGAAGAAUGCUCCUUACAUUGGUGAUCAGUGGGGAGAAUACUCCUUACAUUGGUGAUCAGUGGGAAGAAUGCUCCUUACAUUGGUGGUCAGUGGGAAGAAUGCUCCUUACAUUGGUGGUCCGUGGAAAGAAUGCCCCCUUACAUUAGUUAUUAGUGGGAAGAAUGCCCCUUACAUUGGUAGUCAGUCGGAAGAAUGCCUCUUACAUUGGUGGCCAGUUGGAAGAAUGCCCCUUACAUUGGUGGCCAGUUGGAAGAAUGCCCCUUACAUUGGUGGUCAGUUUUGAAGAAUGCUCCUUACAAUGGUGGUCAGUGGGAAGAAUUCCCCCUUAGGUU